GCAAGUUUCAGCGCCGCCCAUUCGACACCAACAGCCGAGCUGUACGAAUCGCUUGUUUGACCGAGAAGAUUUUACGUUUGCGUGCUCAUUUACUUAGGACAGACAUGGGCGGUCCCCAUCAAGAGGCCAAAGAAUCGAUGAGGAAAUGCCUCUCACGGCGAAAUCGAGCCAUGAAAGUUCUGUACAAGACAGAUUACCCGCUCUACAAGCACACUUGCCAAGAACUGGGAAUCCGAUGCAUAAGGUAUGCGAUUCCGAUGAGACCGGAGCCGCAGACGAUGAUCAAUGCGCAAGCCGUUGAUGGUGAUUAUGCAAAGUGGCUUAUCCGGCAGCGGAUUUACAAAACCAAAUUCAGACCUCGAGAACUACGCGAACCCGGAUCUCAAAGAAGAAUUCGCUGGUCACGUCAUCCGCUGGAGCCUGUGCCAGCCAGCCACGGCAGGCCGAAAGCCACACCUCAGCAAGUCUCUACAGCCUGGCCAUAUGGAGUUCGACAAGACCGUGUGGAGGGAAAGCAGGUGGUGUACAACCCAACAGCAGCUGGUCGUGGCUUCCAGCCUGCUAAAAUGAAGAUUGUAGGUGGACGAACUCAGGAACCUGAGUGA